AUGGUCAAAGAGUUCAUGAAGCUUUGCACGGCAGGAUUGUUUGUGAGUAAGUACGACUUGCAAGACCCAAAGCAGCUCAUCCAAUUUCUCCUGGAUGCAAACAUCGCUUUGGUGCGACUGGAAUAUUUGCAGGAGCUUCUUGCUGCAGGCCGAAGGUUCCUUCGUAGGCAAGAGGCAGAAGGUGAAUUUACAGCAGCUGGCCUUCCGGCACUUGUUCAAGCGUCAGAGCUGCAGAAGGUGGAGAUUGAUCCAAUUGGCAAUAUGAGCAUUUGUGUCAAAGAUCCCUCGCCACAUAGAGUGACUGUGGUGAUAGAGUCCAUCUCUCACGCUUGGGAGAGCAUGGAGCAUCCAGAUCCGCAUGGGUUUCAACUGGACCAGAUCAUCCAGAUGUGUCCUCCUGUCACCUCCACUCGUUCAGUUUGGCUGUUCUAUGAUUUCAUGUCCCUGUAUCAGUACGGUGGCCGAACACCACCACAGGAGGGCUACUUCAGGCAGGCUUUGGAACAGAUGCACACCCUCUACGCCCAUGAAGCCAUCAAAGUGCGAAUUCUGGACGAGCUCACUCCGGAGAUGUGGAAACAUCCAGGAACGGUGAUGGCUUUCUCGGAUCAGGCAGGCGGAGUCAUUGCCGUCUCCAUUGACCAGCUUAGAGCAAAUAGCACCCCUUAUCUGCUGAGAGGGUGGUGCCAAGCUGAACGCCAAUGGUCCCGGCUUCGGAUCUCGUUAGAAGCCUGUGUUCCCAUGCCGCCGGAGCUCUUCCGUCACAGGAUGGAGGAACAGGGACUCCGUUUCACCCACCAUGAUGACAAAGAGACCGUGUUGAAGCUUCAAGCUCAGGUCUUCGCAGAAAAAGUGCGGACCACCAAGCAGCUGAUGGCAGAAAACUUGGAUGAAGAGGCUCUCAACACUCUUUGUGCCGCUUUGCCGUUCUAUGUCGACCUGGAUGAGAUUGUGGUGAAUGGCAACUUAUUGCCAAGGAAUGCAGCUGUGGCAGUUGCCAAAGCAAAUGCUUGCUCCUUUCAGAUGGAGUCCUGCGGGCUCAAAGAUGAAGAUGUCGAAGGCAUUGUGUCAAGCUUGCUUCGUUGCAAAAAAGUAGAGAAACUCAGGCUCGCGCACAAUGACAUCGGGCACAGAGGCCUCCAAGCCUUACGCAAGUUGAAGAAAGCGAAGCCGGAUUUGUACAUUGAUCUUCAACUAGAUGAAGAAGAUGAAGGAGAUGAAUUGCCACAUCAAGAAGGUCCGGGUGACAGGCCAGGUGCAACAACAGGCUUAGGCGCGGAAGCCGAAGGCCUGGCCCAGGACGACCAUCGAGGACGUCUGAGCCAGCAGAAGGGCCUUGCUGAGUUCGGCAAGGUUGAAGCGAAGUUCCGGUCCACCUUUGGGCAGGAGCGUCUGACGCGACAGAGCAUCCUGGCUGCAGCGGACGUGGACUGCGACCAGCACAUCAGUGCCUUGGCGAAAUGCAGCGCUCAAGUGCAGGGAUGGAUCGGCAUUUUGACGGCCAUCGGAUGUCGACUGGAAGGCUCGGAUCUGGAUGAGGAAGGCCAGAAGCUUAGACCGAGUCCACAGGGCGCCGAGCUUCGUCGUUCAGCCCUGCACCGAGCGGCCGAGCAGGGCGAUGCAGCGCAGGUGCAACGCCUCAUCGAAGCUGGAGCAGAUGUCGAACUCCAGGACCAGACGCGCUAUCGCUUCUUGGCAAGCGCUUUCAUCACAGGCUUGGCAGCAGAUUUCAUAGGUUACGAUAGCGGCUAUUUGUGGCCUUUUCCGGCCAAGCGCAAGGUUUCAACUGUACCGGAGAGGCCUGAUGAGAAAUUCGAUGAAAUUCGUGGACUUUUUAUCGCAGGCAUUAAGUCGCUGUGGAAGGAGAGGUGCUUAUGCCCAGGUUCAAGGCCGCUGCACUGGGCAGCUGAGCACGGCCACCUUGACGUGCUGGAGAGACUCCUUGCGGCUAAUGCGGAGGUCGAAGCAGAGAACCACGCAGGCGAGACGCCCUUCGGCCUGGCCAAGACGGAGGGCAAACUGAAGGUGAUGGGCGUGCUUCGUCCCGUUCACGUCCUGCUGAUGAGCGGGGAGGCCGUGUCCUGUGACCCUCGACCCGACCGAACGGUGAGAGAUCUUCGUGAGGAGGUUCUGAAAAAGCUGAAGCUGAAGGACACCGAGAACAUCGAGCUGAUCGCUGAUGGAAAGAAGCUGCGAGACCAACUGACUCUGAGUGAAGCCAAUGUGGAUUAUGGUGGCUCAAUAAGAGAUUGCCCGACAUUUGCUGUUCAGAAACUGGUGCCGAAUGAGAAGCUGACUUCUUUUGACUGGGCCUUGGCCAGCCCUGCCGAAAGGCUUCAUCAUGAGCAUCUAAUGCGCCUGGUCACGACCGAUGGGAGCUACUCUGAAGAGAUCACAGGCAAGUACGACUUGCAAGAUCCACAGCAGCUCAUCCAAUCUCUCUUGGAUGCAAACAUAGCUCUGGUGCGACUGGAAUACUUGCAGGAGCUUCUUGCUGCAGGCCGAAGGUUCCUUCGUAGGCAAGAGGCGGAAGGUGAAUUUACAGCAGCUGGCCUUCCAGCACUUGUUCAAGCGUCAGAGCUGCAGAAGUUGGAGAUUGAUCCCCUUGGCAAUAUGAGUCUCUUUGUGAAGGAUCCCUCACCACGCAGGGUGACUGUGGUGAUUGAGUCCAUCUCUCACGCUUGGGAGAGCAUGGAGCAUCCAGAUCCGCAUGGGUUUCAACUGGACCAGAUCAUCCAGAGGUGUCCCACCAUCACAUCGACUCGGUCCGUAUGGCUGUUCUACGAUUUCAUGUCCCUGUAUCAGUACGGUGGCCGAACACCACCACAGGAGGGCUACUUCAGGCAGGCUUUGGAACAGAUGCACACCCUCUACGCCCAUGAGGCCAUCAAAGUACGGAUUCUGGAUGAGCUCACUCCUGAGACGUGGAAACAUCCAGGAACGGUGCUGGUUUUCUCGGAUCAGGCAGGCGGUCUCAUUGCCGUCUCCAUUGACCAGCUUAGAGCGAAUAGCACCCCGUAUUUGCUGAGAGGGUGGUGCCAAGCUGAACGCCAGUGGGCCCGGCUUCGGAUCUCGUUAGAAGCCUGUGUUCCCAUGCCGCCAGACCUCUUCCGUCGCAAGAUGGAGGAACAGGGGCUUCGUUUCACCCACCAUGAUGACAAAGAGACCGUGUUGAAGCUUCAAGCUCAGGUCUUCGCAGAAAAGGUGCGGACCACCAAGCAGCUGAUGGCAGAAAACUUGGAUGAAGAGGCUCUCAACACUCUUUGCGCCGCUUUGCCGUUCUAUGUCGAUCUGGAUGAGAUUGUGGUGAAUGGCAACGUAUUGCCAAGGAAUGCAGCUGUGGCAGUUGCCAAUACGAAUGCUCGCUCCUUUCAGAUGGAGUCAUGCGGGCUGAAAGAUGAAGAUGUCGAAGACAUUGUGGCCAGCUUGCUUCAUUGCAACAAAGUAGAGGAACUCAGGCUCGCGCACAACGACAUCGGGCACAGAGGCCUCCAAGCCUUACGAGAGUUGAAGAAAGCGAAGCCGGAUUUGUACAUCGAUGUACAGCUCGAUGACCAAGAAGUACGACAUGGAUAUUCUCUGAAUGCUUCCGCCAGGAUGACCCCAGAAAUGGCGAAUUAA